GAUCUGUCUAUCCUAAAACUUGGCUUGACGAGCAUGUUACAUGACUCAUGCGACUUGCAACUUGUCGACGGUAGUGCAAGGAGAGUGGACUGGGUAAUUCAAGAUCAAAGAUGAUCGCGAAACAUUUCUCCGCGAUCGACCUUGCGAUGGAAGGGAACAAGCCGCAGAUUUGUGGACUUGAACAUCCGAGAUUUUCAAUUACUGUACCUGCGACAAAUGUGUGGGGCAUUCCGUUCGCCAGUAGUGCGAACGUCCCUUCGAACCGCCAAGCGUCUCCACAAGGAGAUGCGAACAAUUAAACCUCCACUCGGGCGAUGCUCUCGCUCGGGCUAUUUUCCAUGCUGGACUAAGAGCAACAUAAAAGCAAGGGCAACGUCUUUUCGUUACGCUACCUGAUCAGAGCUCAAUUCCAAUCUCCCGCACCGCCCGAAACGUCAACCACAUAUCUCGAAAAUGCUUCCCCAUAUCGCAUGUCCAUCUCGCCUCGCUCAGGCCUUCGUCGUCGUCAUCUUAUGCGCCAUCUUGGGCAUGGUCUCGCCUGUUGAGGCAUGCGGGAACCACCACCACUCUGUGCCGUAUGAGCACCAAGACGUCUCGCACGGAUACUGCAUAGACAGUUACGAGAAGGGCAUCAUCACCUGCAAGAAGAUGUACGGCGAGCUUGGACGUAACUACCCGACUUGCCUCAGGAAUGCGAGGAGGGUUCACGACAAAUGCAUUUCGGUCGCGGAGGCUUCGCAGAAGCUCCGUCUUCAGCACCUUUGAAAAAGUAGAUUGGGAAUCGUCUGUUUUGGGGCAUGAACAAAUGAAC